CGCAUCGCCGCGGAUGCUAGUUUCCGGCUUUGGAGUAGUUGUUGAGCAGAGAGAAGCGGAGGUGGCAUGGCGGAGAAGAGCCCUGACCCAAGCGGCUCUGUAGCCCGGAGGUGUCCCGCCCUGUCAGCAGCUGACCGAUUACACUCAACCACAAGUGCUUCGUCCAAGUGGGUUCGCCUUAACGUCGGCGGCACGUACUUCCUGACCACCAGACAAACCCUGUGCAGGGACCCCAAGUCGUUCCUGUACCGCCUGUGCCAGACCGACCCCGACCUCGACUCUGACAAGGAUGAAACGGGUGCAUAUUUGAUCGACCGAGACCCGACGUACUUCGGUCCAGUGCUCAAUUAUCUGAGACACGGCAAGCUGGUGCUCAACCGAGGACUCGCAGAAGAAGGUGUGCUGGAAGAGGCCGAGUUUUAUAACAUCACUUCAUUGAUAAAACUAGUGAAAGACAAAAUCAGGGAGCGGGACUGCAAAACUUCUCAGCUUCCUGUAAAACACGUCUACCGAGUCCUCCAGUGCCAAGAGGAAGAGCUCACUCAGAUGGUCUCCACCAUGUCUGAUGGCUGGAAGUUUGAACAGCUGGUCAGUAUCGGCUCGUCCUACAACUACGGAAACGAAGACCAGGCGGAGUUCCUCUGCGUCGUGUCCAAGGAGCUGCACAAUCAGUCAUACGGCACAAACAGUGAGCAGAGCGACAAGGCUAAGAUUCUUCAGGAACAAGGCUCUCGGAUGUGACCGUGAAGCGACUGCGCUCUCGCAAGGCCGGGGUCUUACACACCACGACGUGCACAACAUCAGGAAGGGAGAAAACCUGGCAAGACAGAAGAGUCAUAAAGUGUGGGAAAGGAAAAAAAGAAUCACUUUAUGUUCAUACAAAAAUCUCAACAGGAACAUGCAUGUCAGUUACAAAGACUAAAAAACAAAACAAAAAAAAAAACAAGCGUUUAAUUAAAUAUCACGUUCCAGUUUACUCAGGGUUUCAGCUCGACAUUCUGAACACGCAAAAAAAAAAAACAACAAUCAGUGUAUCGUUAGAGAUUUGUUUUACAGUUCGGUCCAAAUCCAUAUGUUUAUCGUAUUGUUACCAUGGUGACCGAUGCCUUGGUGUUGACCAGUGGUGUUUACUAUACAGGUUCUCUCUCUCUUUUUUUUUUUUCCCUUCCUUUUUUGAGAAAAGAGUUGUGUAUCGAAGCCUCUCCGACUCUCCUAGGAUUAGUCAGACAGGGAAAAUAUUCAUCAUGGAAAGGAAAAAAAAAAAAACGAGACGUAAAUGUCGAAAGGCGGUGCUGAACUUCGUCUUCCACCAUUGGAUCCGUUCCAAAUGGUUUGCAGUUUACUGUUUGUUUGUGUUCAAGAGAAAACUUGGAUUUGAGGUUGUUUUUUUUUUUAUUAUUAUUAUUUCGUUUACUUUUUUGCCACCGCUGUUAAACGGCUUUAUUAUUGACACGACGGCGACUGUUACUAUGUAGAAUGAGGUUUUUUUUUUUUUUUUUUUUUUGCUCUUUCCUUUUACCUUUUACAAACGGAGGAAACAGACGACACCUUGUGUCUAAAACACGAUCACACUGGGUGGUGGGUCCAUACCGCACGUCCCGAAACACCACCAAACACGAUUCAAGCAGAGAAUAAAGAUGAUGCAGUCGGUUUUGGUAAAGUGUUGAAACCCAUCGUUUACUUCAAUUGUUUCAUUUUAGUAUUUAUUAUUAUUAUUAUUAUUAUUAUUAUUAUUUGUUAAACGUAAACACUUUUUUUUUUUUUUGAGAAAAAUGUAAUGCAUCAUCACCCCCCACCACCACCACCACAAUUUUUAAAAUAUUUUCUCUAAAAAAAAAAUGAAUAAACAAGUCUUUACUAAAAGUGUAGCAGUAUGCAAUCGAGUAGAAAUAAAGCUCAGAACAAUUUUUUUUUCCUUCCCCUUUGUAUUUCUAAAUUUUAAAUUUAAUAUGUUCCUUCCUGUGCAUCAGUCCUCUUUUCUAGUUUUAAUAUCGGUGUGAAUAAUUUUCUGAUGCCGUUGCCUUUACGUAAAGCCCAAUAAACAUGUCUCCGUGUGGUCCGGGACACAGGAAGCUCACCACUUGGCUCGUAGUCGUGGAGUAAAGAGUGUGACGUUUUUAUUUCCCUCCGUCUAUCUUUCACACACAAAGGGCUUUAAAAUCGACGAGUACAACAUGAGGUAGAACUCUGACAGAGGUCCAGACGAUCUCGCUCUAUACACGCCUGAUCAAGGCGACGUUUACAUGGCUAGUCUUUUCUAAUCGAUGGGUUUAUUUGUUUUUCCACGUUUACGUAGACGGACCACCGCACCGUAGCACAGUUUGGCUUUCAAAAGCUUCUCUGUUUACAUAUCGUCAUAUAAGUCAAACCAACUGUUACUGUUCCAGCCUGUGUCUUGGCAAUCAGAGGAUCGUUCGCUGUCCUCGUCAGUGAAGCGAUGACUGUCUAUAGCUCACUGCACCAGUGUCUUGUGAAACAUGCCUUCGUUCCUGCGAGGCUGAAUAGUGUCGUCCAAAAUGGCGCUGUAGUUUCUCCCCGGCUCGCAGGGAGGUGUAGCCUUCCUCGCACGUGCAAUCGGACGCCUCGCUCCCUCUGCCUCUGCACGUCCGCCUCUUUCCUUUGGUUCCCCCAUAUCCUCCUCCUCCUUAUUAUUAUUAUUAUUUUGUAUGUAUAGAGCUAAUUUUUUUAUUUUUGCGUGCAAUCUGUAUUUUUAAAACGAGCAGAAGCAGGCCGAAGAAGCCGGCCCGUCUGCUCCACUUUGUCACUGCUGUUCCUAUAUUACUAUCCUAUAAAAUGUAUUUUAUUUUAUUUUUUUUUGUAUGGAUAUUUUUAUGCUUAAAAUUGUGUAUUCACAUGAUGAUAUGUAAUUGCAAGUUAACAGCUGGGGAAAAAUGUAUAUGAUGCUAAUGCUAGGUCCAGGUCUACCUUAAUUCAAUAAAAAAAAAACCUGUUGAAUUGCAAA